AUGGAGACAACUACGGCCGGGGGAAGUGCCGCCGAUGAACGACGCACAUCCAACUAUUCAUCAAGGCAAAGGAUGGACUCCCUGAGAAAGAUCAGGCCACGUACGUUGGAACACUAACUUGACCUAAUGUAGCUAAUGUUGGCUAACAAACGGCAGCAUAAUAGCUAACUAGCGAGCUAACGGCCGUCUUCUCUGUUUGCCAUGUCAUUUUUCAGUUCUACAAUGUGAACAAGCUGUUGGCUUUCCAGUCAAAAUAUUUUAGUUCGUGUGUCCAUCAGGAAAAACGUCCCUGUUGUUUGCGCAUCGUGAAUGUUUUGCAGCAGCAGGCAGACAAGAUGGCGUCUCAGUAAACACUGCUCAGGGGGAGGACACUGCAUACAGAGCGGUCUACUAUUAUUGCCAUAUUUCUUAGCGUUGUAUUGAAGAACAUCGUUCUACAAGCUUUGUGUCACGAUUACCUGACAUUUUUUAGAAACAGUUGACAUGUAAUAUAUAUAUUGUAGUUUUAUUUGAUGCCAAACCUUACAUAUAAUAAUAUGCCAUUUAGCAGACGCUUUUAUCCAAAGCGACUUACAGUCACGUGUGCAUACAUUUUUACGUAUGGGUGGUCCCGGGGAUCGAACCCACUACCCUGGCGUUACAAGCGCCAUGCUCUACCAAUUGAGCUACAGAGGACCACCCAUAUGUAAAAAUGGGUGUUGGAUUGUGCAGUAACCAACACUGUCAUUGUCAAUGAUAACUCGUUGUGUACUGUAAUGUGUAGUUGACAUUUGAUUUGCUGUUCACCCUCCCUCCUAAUCACUUCCAGAGCUGUCUCUAUGCAGCAACAUUUUGCAACCAUUUGUAUGUACUGUUGCUGACAUUUUAUUAACAAAGAUGUGUUCCUCCUCUCAUUCUGUUUGGUCUCUGUGUCUGUACAGCCUUCCCCUGGUUUGGGAUGGACAUCGGUGGCACCCUGGUGAAGCUGGUCUACUUUGAGCCCAAAGACAUCACAGCCGAGGAGGAGCAGGAGGAGGUAGAGAACCUGAAGAGCAUCCGGCGCUACCUGACCUCCAACACAGCUUACGGUAAGACUUCACCUGGCCCAGACUAUAGACCUCCAACAAAGCUUACGGUAAGACCUCACCUGGCCCAGACUAUAGACCUCCAACACAGCUUACGGUAAGACCUCACCUGGCCCAGACUAUAGACCUCCAACAGCCUACGGUAAGACCUCACCUGGCCCAGACUAUAGACCUCCAACACCCUACGUUAAGACCUCACAUGGCCCAGACUAUAGACCAACACAUCUUACGGUAAUACCUCACCUGGCCCAGACUAUAGACCUACAACACAGCUUACGGUAACACCUUACCUGGCCCAGACUAUAGACCUCCAACAGCCUACGGUAAGACCUCACCUGGCCCAGACUAUAGACCUCGAUCACACCGACAGCGUCAUUGCAUUUUGGUACACCGGAAGUACAUUCAUUUCCAUUGGAACCUCUGGAGAGAAGAUCCUAUAGAUGAGGUUUACAUUAUAAGGUUUACAGACAGUCCAUCUAGAAGGUUCACUAAAUCCUAUAACAAAGCAUAUGUACAAAUCCAACUGGUACGUACCCCAUAAUGAGAAAGAGCCCAACAUUUACAUCAUGUGUCUCUGCAUAACAAAAUAUAAUGAGUUAAGACUUCAGAAAGUAUUCAUACCCCUUGACUUAUUCCACAGCAACACAUAAUACCCCAUAAUGACAAAGAGAAAACAUGUUUUAGACAUUUAAGCAAAUGUAUUAAAUUAAAUACAGAAAUAGCUCAUUUACAUGAGUAUUAACACCCCUAAGUCAAUACUUUGUAGAAGCACCUUUGGUGGCGAUUACAGCUUUGAGUCGUCUUGGGUACGUCUGGAUCAGCUUUGCACAUCUAGAUUUGAGGAUUUUCUCCCAUUAUUCCUUGCAGAUUUUCUUAAGUUAUGUUAAGUUAGAUGGGGAGUUGUGGUGACCAGAAAUCUUCCAAGUCUCCACUGAUUUUUCAAAUAGGAUUCAUGUCUGGGUUUUGGGCUGGGCCACUCAAGGACAUUCACAUUCUAGUUCUGAAGCCAUUCCAGCGUUGCUUGGGGUCAUUGUCCUGUUGGAAUGUAAAUCUUCGCCCCAGUCUAAGGUCGUUUUCACUCUGAAGCAGGUUCUCAUCAAGGAUUUGCCUGUAUUUGGCUCCAUCCAUUGUUCCCGCUAUCCUUGCCAGUCCCUGCCUCUGAAAACUAUCCCAAAUAGCAUGAUGCUGCCACCACCAUGCAUUCCCGAUAGGGAUAGUGUUAGAUGGGUGAUGAGCUGUGCCUGAUUUUCUCCAGACAUAGCGCUUUCCAUUCAUUUUACAUUUUAGUCAUUUAGCAGACGCUCUUAUCCAGAGCGACUUACAGUUAGUGAGUGGAUACAUUUUUCAUACUGCCCUGUGCAAAACAAUUGCGCACAUUUAGCUUUAUCAUCAGAGUUAUAAAACAAGUAACCACCAGGGGGCGCCUGUCAGGAAGUCCAGGAUCCAGUUGCAGAGGGAGGUGUUUAGUCCCAGGGUCCUUAGCUUAGUGGUGAGCUUUGAGGGCACUAUGGUGUUGAACGCUGAGCUGUAGUCAAUGAAUAGCAUUCUCACAUAGGUGUUCCUUUUGUCCAGGUGGGAAAGGGCAGUGUGGAGCGCAAUAGAGAUUGCAUCAUCUGUGGAUCUGUUGGGGCGAUAUGCAAAUUGGAGUGGGUCUAGGGUUUCUGGGAUAAUGGUGUUGAUGUGAGAAAUGACCAGCCUUUCAAAGCACUUCAUGGCUACAGACGUGAGUGCUACGGGUCAGUAGUCAUUUAGGCAGCAUUCCAGAUGAAGCUGGUUGAGAGAAUAAUUCCAGGUGAAGCUGGUUGAGAGAAUGCCAAGAGUGUGCAAAGCUGUCAUCAAGGCAAAGGGUGGCUAUUUGAAGAAUCUCAAAUAUAAAAUAUUUUUAUUUUGUUUAACACUUUUUUGGUUACUACAUGAUUCCAUAUGUGUUAUUUCAUAGUUUUGAUGUCUUCACUAUUAUUCUACAAUGUAGGAAAUAGUAAAAAUUAAGAAAAACCCUUGAAUGAGUAGGUGUUCUAAAACCUUUGACCGGUAGUGUACAGUGCCUUCAGAAAGUACUCAUACCCAUUGAUUUGAUUCCUCAUUUUGUUGUUAAAGCCUAAAUUCAAAAUUGAUUUUUUUUUUUUAUCUCACUUAUCUACACACAUUACCCCAUAGUGAAAACAUGUUUUUAGAAAUAUUUAAACAUAAACAACCUCAUUAAAAACAGUGUCUUAUUAUCAAAUCUUAUAGGCAACAUUAUAACCUUGAUUAAGUAUGUUUGAGGAUUCUCCACAGGUUUUCCACGUGUGACCAUAACUAUCCAGAAGACAUAGUUGUUCCAUGUAUAGUACUUACAUAGACUGGGGAUGAUUGUUAAUUGACAAGGUGUUGCUCCCCAAUUUCGUGAUAUCCAAUUGCGAUCCGAUUACGAUCUUGUCUCAUCGCUGCAACUCUCCAACGGGCUCGGGAGAGGCGAAGGUCGAGUCAUGUGUCCUGCGAAACAUGACCCGCCAAAGCCACGCUUCUUAACACCCGUUCGCUGAACCCGGAAGCCAGCCGCACCAAUGUGUCGGAGGAAACACUGUUCAACUGACGACCAUGGUCAGCUUGCAGGCGCCCGGGCCCGCCACAAGGAGUCGCUAGAGCACAAUGAACCAAGUUAAGCCCCUCCGGCCAAACCCUCCCUAAACCCGACGACGCUUGGGCAAACCCUCCCCUAACCCGGAAAAGACGACGCUGGGUCCAAACCCUCCCGUAACCCGGACGACGCUAGGCCAACCCUCCCCUAACCCGGACGACGCUGGGCCAAACCCUCCCUAACCCGGACGACGCUGGGCCAAACCCUCCCCUAACCCGGACACGCUGGGCCAAACCCUCCCCUAACCCGGACGACGCUGGGCCAAACCCCUCCCCUAACCCGGACGACGCUGGGCCAAACCCUCCCCUAACCCGGACGAACGCUGGGCCAAACCCUCCCCUAACCCGGACGACGCUGGGCCAAACCCUCCCCUAACCGGACGACGCUGGGCCAAACCCUCCCUAAACCCGGACGACGCUGGGCCAAACCCUCCCCUAACCCGGACGACGCUGGGCCAAACCCUCCCCUAACCCGGACGACGCUGGGGCCAAACCCUCCCCUAACCCGACGACGCUGGGCCAAACCCUCCCCCUAACCCGGACGACGCUGGGCCAAACCCUCCCCUAACCCGGACGACGCUGGGCCAAACCCUCCCCUAACCCGGACGACGCUGGGCCAAACCCUCCCCUAACCCGGACGACGCUGGGCCAAACCCUCCCCUAACCCGGACGACGCUGGGCCAAACCCUCCCCUAACCCGGACGACGCUGGGCCAAACCCUCCCCUAACCCGGACGACGCUGGGCCAAACCCUCCCCUAACCCGGACGACGCUGGGCCAAACCCUCCCCUAACCCGGACGACGCUGGGCCAAACCCUCCCCUAACCCGGACGACGCUGGGCCAAACCCUCCCCUAACCCGGACGACGCUGGGCCAAACCCUCCCCUAAACCCGGACGACGCUGGGCCAAACCCUCCCCUAACCCGGACGACGCUGGGCCAAACCCUUCCCUAACCCGACGACGCUGGGCCAAACCCUUCCCCUAACCCGGACGACGCUGGGCCAAACCCUCCCCUAACCCGGACGACGCUGGGCCAAACCCUCCCCUAACCCCGGACGACGCUGGGCCAAACCCUCCCCUAACCCGGACGACGCUGGGCCAAACCCUCCCCUAACCCGGACGACGCUGGGCCAAACCCUCCCCUAACCCGGACGACGCUGGGCCAAACCCUCCCCUAACCCGGACGACGCUGGGCCAAACCCUCCCCUAACCCGGACGACGCUGGGCCAAACCCUCCCCUAACCCGGACGACGCUGGGCCAAACCCUCCCCUAACCCGGACGACGCUGGGCCAAUUGUGCGCCACCCUAUGGGACUCCCGGUAGUAAUAAUAAUAAUAAUAUGCCAUUUAGCAGACGCUUUUAUCCAAAGCGACUUACAUUUUUGUGUAUGGGUGGUCCCGGGGAUCGAACCCACUACCCUGGAGUUACAAGCGCCGUGCUCUACCAGCUGAGCUACAUAGGACCACCCAGAGGACGCCGCAACACUGCGAUGCAGUGCCUUAGACAGCUGCGCCACUCGGGGAGGCCUCUACAAAAGCAGUUAUAUAUACACACUGCUUUGUUUCCAGAGAUAAUAGUUGUUUUAAAUAGGGGUGGGGGUAUACUGCUGUGUUUCCAGAUAACCAAGUAUUGGAGUACUGCAUAUGUGGAGUGUGUCUGAAAGUGGGCGUUGCAAAAUAAGUGGGUGGAUCGACAUAAGUUAGUGUUUGGAAACCUAACCUAACGUAGCAGGCAUAUAAAGACUGUUUCCACUAGCUACCACAGCCACAUAGUCAUCUGUAUCGUAAAAAUUCAUGGAAACAAAAAUGAGCUUUUUGGUCUUAAUUUAAGGUUAGGCAUAAGAGUAGCAGUGGGGUUAAGUUUAAAAUAAAAAUUUUAAGAAGAUAAAUUGUGGAAAGAGGCGGGGUUUAUGACUGUGGCUGUGGUAACUAGUGACGACCUACAAAGGUGCCUGAGGCGGAUUGAAAAUACUUUAUUCCUGACCCGGCAACACCCGCUUUCUGCCAAUGCUGUUAAGGGUAGGCUGGACAAUAGAACGAGUCAGAAUUCACCCAAGGCUGAAAACAGCCAAAGAACGUUGGUUGAGCUGAGUAAGGGUGAUGGGCCCCGUGUAGCUCAGUUGGUAGAGCAUGGCUGUGGGUUCGAUUCCCGGGGGGGGGCAGUAUGAAAAAAAAGAUGUAUGCACUCACUAACUGUAAGUCGCUCUGGAUAAGAGCGUCUGAUAAAUGACUAAAAUGUAAAUAAUAGGCGUUUUAAAAAGGGGUGGGAGUAUGUGAAGCAUAUACGAUAUUGUUUAAUCCUUCAUUUUAGCAAACACUAUCAAAAGUGCACAUGACCGUGUUCUUGCAUGUCCCUCACACAGACGUAGAGACUCUCCACCCAGCAUGGCAUAGAGUUAUUGUCCUGUUAAAUGAUGGGCAAUCAGCAGGGGUUAAGCUUACUACUACAGGAUAGGGUUGGGAAGGUUUUGAAAAUCACCAGGGCCCAUAUUUGGCAAGUUACUAACAGGUCGGACCUGAUCCUUGAUCAGGACUCUAAGACACUUAAUGAAUAUGGGCCAAUGACUUGAACUGGCACUGGUGUACUCCCCCUCUUUGGCAAUGGAUCAGAGUCCUCCCAGCUUUGCAAAGUCUUCUCUGAAGGCACCCUCUCCCCUGGUUGAAAGAAAGUAAGAUCCAACAAUGAGUCUUAAUCAGAAGGUGUAAUAAUAAGAUGCAUAGUUACGGACUUGCAAACAUAAGUCGUUAAAACGGUAUGUUAGCGCAAGGGCAAGACAUAUAGCUGGCUUGCUAGUUAGCUUAUUGUCUUUUUGAGAAGGUUGUUUACGUAUGCACUACUAGCUAGCUAGCUAGCUAGCUAACGUAGCUAGCUAUAUUUACCAUUUCAUUUGUAUGUGACGCGAACCUCAUCAACCAAAAUCGUUUAAGAGCGUUAGGUAGCCUAGCGUUUAAGAAAGGUCACUGGUUCAAAUCCCCAAGCCGGCAAGUCAGUUAACCCCCAACAACAACUGCUCCCCGGGCGCCGAUGACGUGGACGUGGAUUAAGGCAGCCCCCCCGUACCUCUCUGAUUCAAAGGGGUUGGGUUAAUUGCGGAAUAAACAUUUUGGUUGAAUGCAUUCAGUUGUGCAACUGACUAGGUAUCCCCCUUACCCUUCCCCAUGAGGUUUUCUUAAAACACUUGAUUCCAAUUCCUCCACUUGUCGUUUAGCGACCAGGACUCUCUGGGCCACCGAAAACAAUCUGGCAACGUCCAUGGAGGAUGUUCUGCAUCAUUAUUCCCACAGAGCUGCAUAGCUUCGCAGCCUCUCUGAUCUGGUCCUCCAUGAGGGCGACCAACGGCAACACCACUAUCAGUAUUGGGUUGUCGAUCCGUCCCAUUUUCUUGACUACCAGCGAAGCCAGCUGGAAAAUCAAGCUGCCCUCCAGUCCUGAUAUAGCUGAUGCUAUAGCAGCAUCAACGCUAACCUCCUCGAGAGGUUGGUUUUGUUUUCGUUCCGUGGCCCAGUACGGGCGCUUCUCGUGGUCGGCACCACCUAAACCACCACCGUAGUUCAUCAAAUGGACGCUGAUUGGUCCUACGAAACGGUGAGGGCUCCAAUCUCACACCUUCACAGCUUUACCAGACUGAUAUCCGCAAUAGUGUGCAACUGCAGCCCUGCCAGACUGAUAUCCCCCCCCCCCAUCUCUUCAUUAACCUUAACCCUAAGCUCAUGGGAUCAGGCGGCUUUGCGAGGCUACUCCGCUCCAGCCUCCCCAACCUAAUGUGUAAGUGUAUAUCUGAGGGUUUUGAGGUAAAAAAAUAAAUAAAAUCAAUUUCAAAAUAUGGACUAAUGAAAGUAUACCUUUAUGACGGUGUAUCUGUGGGGCUAGGAAAGACGGGGAUCAGAGAUGUUCACCUAGAGCUGAAGGACCUGACGAUGUGCGGGCGCACAGGGAACCUCCACUUCAUCCGUUUCCCCACCCAGGAUCUGCCGGCCUUCCUACAGAUGGCACGUAACAAGCACUUCUCCAGCCUCCACACCACCCUCUGUGCCACCGGAGGGGGGGCCUACAAGUUUGAAUUGGACUUCCGCCAGGUGGGUCCAGUAAACAGGCAACGGAAGAUUUUUAGCGGGAAAGAGAGUGACCAUCCCUCUAGUUACUGUAAUGUUUGCAGGUUAGCGGGUUUUUUUUCCAUCAUAAAUCUUGUUCUGGAGGCAGCUAUGCAGAGUGGUCACUAGCUGGCACAGCCACAAAGUCUUCAUCUGUUUUUAACCCUAACCUUAACCCCUUAACCCCUAAAAUUAAACACACUGCUAACCCUAAUGCCUAACCUUAAUUUAAGACCAAAAAGCACAUUUUUAUUUUCAUUCAUUUUUACAAAUUAGCCAAUUUUGACUUUGCAGCUGGCCUAUCUAAGGGGAAAACGCUCAGUUCUGCAUCCAGGACAUGAUUCAUGACAAAUGUCAACCUGUGUAAUGAAUUGGCCCGUCUCUCUCAGAAGCCUGUUAAUACAUUGAGAAGGGGGGGGGGGGUUGUGUCGAACUGCAACGCUGCUGGGUUUUUCACGCUCAACAGUUUCCCGUGUGCAUCAAGAAUGGUCCACCACCCAAAGGACAUCCAGCCAACUUGACACAACUGUGGGAAACAUUGGAGUCAACAUGGGCCAGCAUCCCUGUGGAACGCUUUCGACACCUUGUAGAGUCCAUGCCCCAACAAAUUGAGUUCUGAAGGCAAAAGGGGGUGCAACUCAAUAUUAGGAAGGAAUGCUAAUGUUUGGUAUACUCAGUGUAUGUAUUAGGCAAAUCUUUUAAGAAACCACUAUGUAUAUGAUGAAUUGGGGAAAAUAACCUCCUGUCCUCUCCUCAGAUGACUGACCUCUCCUCUCCUCAGAUGGCAGACCUCCUGUUCUCUCCUCUCCCCAGAUGGCUGACCUCCUGACCUCUCCUCUCCUCAGAUGGCUGACCUCCUGUUCUCUCCUCUCCCCAGAUGGCUGACCACCUGUUCUCUCCUCUCCUCAGAUGGCAGACCUCCUGUUCUCUCCUCUCUCCAGAUGGCUGACCUCCUGACCUCUCCUCUCCUCAGAUGGCUGACCUCCUGACCUCUCCUCUCCUCAGAUGGCUGACCUCCUGACCUCUCCUCUCCUCAGAUGGCUGACCUCCUGACUCCUCAGAUGACUGACCUCCUGUUCUCUCCUCUCCUCAGAUGGCUGACCUCCUGUUCUCUCCUCCUCUCAGAUGGCUGACCUCCUGACCUCUCCUCCUCUCAGAUGGCUGACCUCCUGACCUAUUCUCUCCUCAGAUGGCUGACCUCCUGACCUCUCCUCUCCUCAGAUGGCUGACCUCCUGACCACUCCUCUCCUCAGAUGGCUGACCUCCUGACCUCUCCUCUCCUCAGAUGGCUGACCUCUCCUCUCCUCAGAUGGCUGACCUCCUGUUCUCUCCUCCUCUCAGAUGGCUGCCCUCCUGACCUCUCCUCUCCUCAGAUGGCUGACCUCUCCUCUCCUCAGAUGGCUGACCUCCUGUUCUCUCCUCCUCUCAGAUGGCUGACCUCCUGACCACUCCUCUCCUCAGAUGGCUGACCUCCUGACCUCUCCUCUCCUCAGAUAGCUAACCUCCUGUUCUCUCCUCUCCUCAGAUGGCUGACCUCCUGUUCUCUCCUCUCCUCAGAUGGCUGACCUCCAGCUGCUGAAACUAGAUGAGCUGGACUGUCUGAUACGGGGUGUCUUCUACAUAGACUCAGUGGUGUCCAGUCCUUCAGAGUGCUACUACUACGAGAACCCUACAGACCCCGAACACUGUGUCCAGAAACCCUUCCCCCUGGAGAACCCAUACCCUGUGCUGCUGGUCAACAUCGGAUCUGGCGUCAGCAUGCUGGCGGUCUACUCCAAGAACAACUACAAACGAGUGACUGGGACCAGGUAAGGUUAGCGUGUGGCGGGUAGCUUUAGUGGUUAAGAGCGUUGUGCCAGUAACCGAAAGGUCGCUGGUUCUAAUCCCUGAGCCGACUAGGUGAAAAAUCUGUCUGUGCCCUUGAGCAAGGUACUUAACCCUAAUUGCUCCUGUAAGUCGCUCUGGAUAAGAACGUCUGCUAAAUGACGUAAAUGUAAGCCUUUUGGCCACUGUCACCUGUGUCUAUUAACCACAUUUAUACCAAAAAGCUGUAGACGUACAUUUGGGUUAUAUUUAUCCUUGUGAUUUAAAUUCCUGUUUUACAUCACUUAACUGGUUUUGUAACGUAGCCUAUCCAAGGUGAUGAAAGCGAAGCACUUCCUGUUUUUCUCUACGUGUUGAAACGGGGCCUUGAACCUAUGAGGUGGUUUAGCGUUUUGAACUGAGUUUGUUCUGUAUUAGCCUGACGUAUAUUAGCUUAUAGGUUGUUGUCAAUACAACGUCACAAUAAGGUGCACAGCGUGCGAUUUGGAAACCCCCUGCUCCGCUAAAACCAUUGACAACUAGGCAUUGUUUUAUAAUGGCGCCGGAGGGGAUGGCUGCCGUUUUUACGGGCUCCUAACCAACUGUGCUGUUUUUUCGCAUUGUUUGUAACUUAUUUUGUACAUAAUGUUGCUGCUACCGUCUCUUAUGACCGAAAAUAACUUCUGGACAUCAGAACAGCGAUUACUCACGUCGAACUGGACGAAGAUCUUUUAUUUAAUGAGUCCGACGCGAAGGAUAUACUGCUUCUCCGAGACCAGGCUGAAAUACAGGGGGCCUUGUUAAAAACCCGCCUCUACCAUCCGUUCUAUUGGCCAACAUGCAAUCACUGGAAAAUAAACUGGAUGAUCUUCGUUCGAGACUAUCCUGCCAACGGGACAGUAAAAACUGUAAUAUCUUAUGUUUCACCGAGUCGUGGCUGAACGACGACACGGAUAAUAUACAGUUGGCUGGGUUUUCCGUGCAUCGGCAGGACAGAACAGCUACGUCUGGUAAGACGAGGGCCGGGGGUGUGUGUCUAUUUGUCAAUAACAGCUGGUGUGCGAUGUCUAAUAUUAAGGAAGUCUCGUGGUUUUGCUCGCCUGAGGUAGAGUACCUCAUGAUAAGCUGUAGACCCACUAUUUACCAAGAGAGUUUUCAUCUAUAUUUUUCGUAGCUGUCUAUUUACCACCACAAACCGAUGCUGGCACUAAGACCGCACUCAAUGAGCUGUAUACGGCCAUAAGCAAACAGGAAAAUGCUCAUCCAGAAGCGGCGCUGAAAGUGGCCGGGGACUUUAAUGAAGGCAAACUUAAAUCCGUUCUACCAGCAUGUCACAACUCCAGACCACCUUUACUCCACACACAGAGACACAUACAAAGCUCUCCCUCGCCCUCCAUUUGGCAAAUCUGACCAUAAUUAUAUCCUCCUGAUUCCUGCUUACAAGCAAAAACUAAAGCAGGAAGCACCAGUGACUCGGUCAAUAUGAAAGGGGUCAUCCAAUGGCAUUGAGGAGUAUACCACAACAGUCACCGGCUUCAUCAAUAAGUGCAUCGACGACGUCGUCCCCACAGUGACCGUACGUACAUAUCCCAACCAGAAGCCAUGGAUUACAGGCAACGUCCGCACCAAGCUAAAGGGUAGAGCUGCCGCUUUCAAGGAGCGGGACACUAAUCCGGACGCUUAUAAGAAAUCCCGCUAUGCCCUCCGACGAACCAUCAAACAGGCAAAGAGUCAAUACAAGACUAAGAUUGAAUCCUUCUACACCGGCUUUGAGGCUCGUCGGAUGUUGCAGGGCUUGCAAACUAUUACGGACUACAAAGGGAAAUCCAGCCGCGAGCUGCCCAGUGACGUGAGCCUACCAGACGAGCUAAAUGUCUUUUAAUGCUCGCUUCAAGGCAAGGAACACUGAAGCAUGCAUGAGAGCACCAGCUGUUCCGGACGACUGUGUGAUCACGCUCUCUGUAGCCGAUGUGAGCAAGACCUUUAAACAGGUCAACAUUCAUAAGGCCGCGGGGCCAGACGGAUUACCAGGACGUGUACUCCGAGUAUGCGCGGACCAACUGGCAAGUGUCUUCACUGACAUUUUCAACAUCUCCUUGACCGAGUCUGUAAUACCUACAUGUUUCAAGCAGACCACUAUAGUCCCCGUGGCCCAAGGACACUAAGAUAACCUGCCUAAAUGACUACUGACCCGUAGCACUCACGUCUGUAGCCAUGAAGUGCUUUGAAAGGCUGGUCAUGGCUCACAUCAACACCAUCAUCCCGGAAACCCUAGACCCACUCCAAUUUGCAUAUCGCCCCAACAGAUCCACAGAUGACGCAAUCUCAAUCGCCCUCCACACUACCCUUUCCCACCUGGACAAAAGGAACACCUACUUGAGAAUGCUAUUCAUUGACUACAGCUCAGCGUUCAACACCAUAGUGCCCUCAAAGCUCACCACUAAGCUAAGGACCCUGGGACUAAACACCUCCUUCUGCAACUGGAUCCUGGACUUCCUGACGGGCCGACCCCAGGUGGUAACUUGUUUUAUAACUCUGAUGAUAAAGCUAAAUGUGGGCAAUUGUUUUGCACUGAAUAAUUGGAAAAUUGCUCUUCAAGAGGUCAUUAUAUUAAAUCCAAAUAGUUAUAACAUUUAUUUAACAAUCCCUUGACAACGGCACACAGUUGUCAAUGGUUUUGGCGGAGCUGGGGUCUCCUUGCCCCACAGCAGGGAACUCGAACACUUUGCACCGUAUUGUGAAAGUUUUCUUUUUUAUUGAAACAACCAAUAUUAUCUGCAUAGAAUUAGGAAUUAGAAUACUUGAAUGGACAUGAACCUUCUUAUGACGGGAUAAAGUUCAACCAUUUUGGUCAGGGAUAUGAUCAACCAUUGUUUGCCAGUGCUGUGAUAAGAUGUAUUGUGUAAAUCAAUGAAUGUGAAUAAUUUUUCUGCACUUUAUGUGUGUUGGCUAACUAGCCAGACAGAGGAAUUAUUCCAUUAAUUGUUUUAAUUAACUGUCAAUAUGCCAACAUUCCAUUCAAACAAUGCAGUCAAUCCACAGCCACACACUGUCUGAAAUCAGUUGAUGAUGGCGCUUAGACAAGUUGUAAAUGCAAUAAGUACUGAUAUUGUAUCAUAUAAUGGCACUCACAGCUUUCCAAGAAAACAAAAUCUGAUACAUGUAUGGUCUGUUUACAUAUAUUUUAGAGGCCAUUCCUUGUACUCUGUGUUCUGACAAGGAGUGGAAUUCUAGCUAAACAGACUGGUACCCAGGCUAUGGAGCUAAACAGACUGGUACCCAGGCUAUGGAGCUAAACAGACUGGUACCCAGGCUAUGGAGCUAAACAGACUGGUACCCAGGCUAUGGAGCCAAACAGACUGGUACCCAGGCUAUGGAGCCAAACAGACUGGUACCCAGGCUAUGGAGCCAAACAGACUGGUACCCAGGCUAUGGAGCCAAACAGACUGGUACCCAGGCUAUGGAGCUAAACAGACUGGUACCCAGGCUAUGGAGCUAAACAGACUGGUACCCAGGCUAUGGAGCUAAACAGACUGGUACCCAGGCUAUGGAGCUAAACAGACUGGUACCCAGGCUAUGGAGCUAAACAGACUGGUACCCAGGCUAUGGAGCUAAACAGACUGGUACCCAGGCUAUGGAGCUAAACAGACUGGUACCCAGGCUAUGGAGCCAAACAGACUGGUACCCAGGCUAUGGAGCUAAACAGACUGGUACCCAGGCUAUGGAGCUAAACAGACUGGUACCCAGGCUAUGGAGCUAAACAGACUGGUACCCAGGCUAUGGAGCCAAACAGACUGGUACCCAGGCUAUGGAGCCAAACAGACUGGUACCCAGGCUAUGGCUGCUCCCCUCGCCUCUGUUUGUUGUCCCUGGUGGUUUCCCCGUCUGCCUGCCCUGAAAGAGACUCUUUCACUGAGUCUGGCACAUGACUGCUCAGGCCCUGUCUGCCAUAAUAGUCCUCUGUGCUGCAUGGCUAGAGUCAAGAGGAGGAGACAGGAAGUUGUUCCACUGGAGUGGAGUGGUGUUUCCCCUAGACGCUGAUCUUCGGUCAGAUUUGAAUUUCAACCACCAUUGGUUAAAGGUUAGAAUUUGGGGAGGGGAAGUUGUUUCUAGAUCUAUAUCUAGGGGAAAACGUCUCCCCGGAGCCUGGGAAGGAAGAGCCUGGAACAUUUGGAGUGCUUUUAAUAAUAUGGUUAUAACAGUGUCCUGUGUUUUCCCAUGCAGUCUGGGCGGAGGGACGUUCCUGGGGCUGUGCUGUUUACUGACUGGCUGCUCCAGCUUCGAGGAGGCUCUGGAGAUGGCGUCGCAGGGGGAGAGCACACGCGUGGAUAAGCUAGUACGGGACAUCUACGGAGGGGACUACGAGCGCUUCGGCCUCCCUGGCUGGGCUGUGGCCUCCAGGUAAACCGUUAGCAGGACCAGGGCUGUGGCCUCCAGGUAAACCGUUACCAGGGGUGUGGCCUCCAGGUAAACCGUUACCAGGGGUGUGGCCUCCAGGUAAACCGUUACCAGGGGUGUGGCCUCCAGGUAAACCGUUACCAGGGGUGUGGCCUCCAGGUAAACCGUUACCAGGGGUGUGGCCUCCAGGUAAACCGUUACCAGGGGUGUGGCCUCCAGGAAAACCGUUACCAGGGGUGUGGCCUCCAGGUAAACCGUUACCAGGGGUGUAUUCAUUAGUGAAUACAGUAGCAAAAUGUUUUGCAACAGGUAGCCUAGCGGUUAAGAGCAUUGGGCCAGUAAAGGAAAGGUUGCUGGUUCGAAUCUCCGAGCCGACUAACUGAAAAAUCUGUCUGUGCCGUUGAGCAAGGCACUUAACCCUAAUUGCUCCUGUAAGUCGCUCUGGCCAUUAUGUAUUUCUGUCUUGUAGUUUUGGGAACAUCAUGUAUUUCUGUCUUGUAGUUUUGGGAACAUCAUGUAUUUCUGUCUUGUAGUUUUGGGAACAUCAUGUAUUUCUGUCUUGUAGUUUUGGGAACAUCAUGUAUUUCUGUCUUGUAGUUUUGGGAACAUCAUGUAUUUCUGUCUUGUAGUUUUGGGAACAUCAUGUAUUUCUGUCUUGUAGUUUUGGGAACAUCAUGUAUUUCUGUCUUGUAGUUUUGGGAACAUGUAUUUCUGUCUUGUAGUUUUGGGAACAUGGUGUGUAAAGAGAAGCGGGAGGCCAUCUCUAAAGAGGACCUAGCCAGAGCCACCCUGGUCUCCAUCACCAAUAACAUCGGCUCCAUCACCAGGAUGGUUGCGCUCAACGAGGUACUUCACUAUGAAAUGGCACCCUAUUCCCUAUAUAGUGCACUACUUUAGACCAGAGAAUGGCACCCUAUUCCCUAUAUAGUGCACUACUUUAGACCAGAGAAUGGCACCCUAUUCCCUAUAUAGUGCACUACUUUAGACCAGAGAAUGACACCCUAUUCCCUAUAUAGUGCACUACUUUAGACCAGAGAAUGGCACCCUAUUCCCUAUAUAGUGCACUACCUUAGACCAGAGAAUGGCACCCUAUUCCCUAUAUAGUGCACUACUUUAGACCAGAGAAUGGCACCCUAUUCCCUAUAUAGUGCACUACUUUAGACCAGAGAAUGGCACCCUAUUCCCUAUAUAGUGCACUACUUUAGACCAGAGAAUGGCACCCUAUUCCCUACAUAGUGCACUACUUUAGACCAGAGAAUGGCACCCUAUUCCCUAUAUAGUGCACUACUUUAGACCAGAGAAUGGCACCCUAUUCCCUACAUAGUGCACUACUUUAGACCAGAGAAUGGCACCCUAUUCCCUAUAUAGUGCACUACUAGAGCCCUGGUCCAACGUAGUGCACUAUAUCUAAACUGCCAUAGUGUAUUUCUACUAUUAAAAUUGUGAAUAAAUAUACCGAUAAUAAAAAUAGGAAAUAGGCUUCAAUUUCAGACACUGUUUGCAUGUUGUGGCGGUAUAGUGCUGCUCUGAAGACCGUGGAGACAGAUUAACAUCACACAGAGAUAUGUUCAGGGUGGUUGUUCAGGGUGGUGGUGUUGGAUGUUCAGGGUGGUGUUGGAUGUUCAGGGUGGUGGUGUUGGAUGUUCAGGGUGGUGUUGGAUGUUCAGGGUGGUGGUGUUGGAUGUUCAGGGUGGUGUUGUUGGAUGUUCAGGGUGGUGUUGGAUGUUCAGGGUGGUGGUGUUGGAUGUUCAGGGUGCAUUGGAUGUUCAGGGUGGUGUUGGAUGUUCAGGGUGGUGGUGUUGGAUGUUCAGGGUGGUGGUGUUGGAUGUUCAGGGUGGUGGUGUUGGAUGUUCAGGGUGGUGGUGUUGGAUGUUCAGGGUGGUGGUGUUGGAUAUUCAGGGUGCAUUGGAUGUUCAGGGUGGUGGUGUUGGAUGUUCAGGGUGGUGGUGUUGGAUGUUCAGGGUGGUGUUGGAUGUUCAGGGUGGUGUUGGAUGUUCAGGGUGGUGGUGUUGGAUGUUCAGGGUGGUGGUGUUGGAUGUUCAGGGUGGUGGUGUUGGAUGUUCAGGGUGGUGUUGGAUGUUCAGGGUGGUGGUGUUGGAUGUUCUCUCUUUGCCUUCAGCCUCUUUAUGAUGCUGCCUUGUGGAAUCUGGAUCAAGCAGCAUUGUACAGGGCUCUGAAGGCACUGGGCUCUGCUUCAGCCAGUCUGCAUCUGAAGGCACGGGGCUCUGCUUCAGCCAGUCUGCAUCUGAAGGCACCGGGCUCUGCUUCAGCCAGUCUGCAUUGUACAGGGCUCUGAAGGCACGGGGCUCUGCUUCAGCCAGUCUGCAUCUGAAGGCACCGGGCUCUGCUUCAGCCAGUCUGCAUCUGAAGGCACCGGGCUCUGCUUCAGCCAGUCUGCAUCUGAAGGCGCCGGGCUCUGCUUCAGCCAGUCUGCAUUGUACAGGGCUCGAAGGCACGGGGCUCUGCUUCAGCCAGUCUGCAUUGUACAGGGCUCGAAGGCACUGGGAUCUGCUUCAGCCAGUCUGCAUUGUCAGGGCUCUGAAGGCACGGGGCUCUGCUUCAGCCAGUCUGCAUUGUCAGGGCUCUGAAGGCGCCGGGCUCUGCUUCAGCCAGUCUGCAUCUGAAGGCACGGGGCUCUGCUUCAGCCAGUCUGCAUUGUACAGGGCUCUGAAGGCAUGGGGCUCUGCUUCAGCCAGUCUGCAUUGUACAGGGCUCUGAAGGCACGGGGCUCUGCUUCAGCCAGUCUGCAUUGUACAGGGCUCUGAAGGCACUGGGCUCUGCUUCAGCCAGUCUGCAUUGUACAGGGCUCUGAAGGCACGGGGCUCUGCUUCAGCCAGUCUGCAUUGUACAGGGCUCUGAAGGCACGGGGCUCUGCUUCAGCCAGUCUGCAUUGUACAGGGCUCUGAAGGCACUGGGCUCUGCUUCAGCCAGUCUGCAUUGUACAGGGCUCUGAAGGCACGGGGCUCUGCUUCAGCCAGUCUGCAUUGUACAGGGCUCUGAAGGCACUGGGCUCUGCUUCAGCCAGUCUGCAUUGAAACGCGUGUUGUUUCAUGUCUGUUGUCAUUGAUUUGAGAAAUUAGACUUAAUCUUAAGAUAUUUAAAUGAAUGGAAGGCUGAAAUGACCCAUUGUAAUCAUCCGUUUUUACAACCAUGAACCAUGUAAGAAAUAUAGUGUCCCAAAUGACAACGUACCCCUCUGUUUGUAUUUCUGGCCAGAACAUUGAGAGGGUGGUGUUCGUAGGGAACUUCCUGAGGGUGAACACCCUGUCCAUGAAGCUGCUGGCCUACGCCAUGGACUACUGGUCUAAAGGCCAGCUGAAAGCCCUGUUCCUCAGGCACGAGGUAAGGAGUUCAGUCCGUCCCUGAGGCCUGGAGGAAAACAGUAGAACAAGAUGUUUUAAAAUGUACCUUGACGAUGUAUCUGCUUGGGUUCAGUCUGUACGGUGCCUUCAGAAAGUAUUCACACCUCUUGACUUUUAACACACACAUUUUGUUGUGUCACAAGGUGGUAUUAAAAUGGAUUUAAUUGUCAAUUUUUUUUGUCAACGAUCUACACAAAAUACUCUGUCAAAGUGGAAGAAAAAUUAACUAACAUUUGUCAAACAUUAAUGCAAAAUGAAACACUAAUAUCUUGAUUACAUAAAUAUUCAACCCCCUGAGUCAAUACAUGUUAGAAUCACCUUUGGCAGCGAUUACAGCUGUGAGUCUUUCUGGGUAAGUCUCUUAAGCGCUUUGCACACCUGAAUUGGACAAUAUUUGCCCAUUUAUUAUUUAAAAAAUUGGUUGUUGAUCAUUGGUAGACAGCCAUUUUCAGGUCUUGCCAUAUACUUUCAAGUAGAUUUAAGUCAAAACUGUAACUCGGCCACUCAGGAACAUUCAAUGUCAUCUUGGUAAGCAACUCCAGUGUAUAUUUGGCCUUGUGUUUUAGGUUAUUGUCCUGCUGAAAGGUGUAUUUCUCUCCCAGUGUCUGGUGGAAAGCAGACUGAACCAGGUUUUCCUCUGGGUUUUUGCCUGUGCUUAGCUCUAUUCUGUUUCUUUUUAUCCUAAAAAACUCCCCAGUCCUUGCCGGUGACAACCAUACCCAUAACAUAAUCAAUUAAUUAAAUGUAUUUAUAAAGCCCUUUUUACAUCAGCAGAUGUCACAAAGUGCUUAUACAGAAACCAGCCUAAAACCCCAAAGAGCAAGCGAUGUAGAAGCACAGUGGCUAAGAAAAACUCCCUAGAAAGGCAGGAACCUAGGAAGAAACCUAGAGAGGAACCAGGCUCUGAGGGGUGGCCAGUCCUCUUCUGGCUGUGCCGGGUGGAGAUUAUAAGAGUACACGGCCAUUUAAGGCCAGAUCGUUCUUCAAGAUGAUCAAACAUUCAUAGAUGACCAGCAGGGUCAAAUAAUAAUCACAGUGGUUGUAAAGGGAGCAACAGGUCAGCACCUCAGGAGGAAAUGUCAGUUGGCUUUUCAUAGCAGCGACCACUAUGCUUGAAAAUAUUGAGUGGUACUAAGUGAUAUUGUGUUGGAUUUGCAUCAAACAUAACGCUUUGUAUUCAGGACACAAAGUUCAUUUCUUUGCCACAUUUUUUGCAGUAUUACUUUAGUGCCUUAUUGCAAACAGGAUGCAUGUUUUGGAAUAUUUGUAUUCUGUACAGGCUUCCUUCUUUUCACUCUGUCAUUUAGGUUAGUAUUGUGGAGUAACUACAAUGUUGUUGAUCCAUCCUCAGUUUUCUCCUAUCACAGCCAUUAAACUCUGUAACUGUUCCUUCUUCUCCGGCAACUGAGUUAGGAGGAUGCCUGUAUCUUUGUGGUGACUGGGUGUAUUGAUACACCAUCCAAAGUGUAAUUAAUAACUUCACCAUGCCCAAAGGGAUAUUCAAUGUCUGCUUUUUAUUUUUACCCAUCUACCAAUAGGAGCCCUUCUUUGCGAGGCAUUGGAAAACCUCCCUGGUCUUUGUGGUUGAAAUUCACUGGUUGACUGAGGGACCUUACAGUUAUUACAUUUACAUUUUAGUCAUUUAGCAGACGCUCUUAUCCAGAGCGACUUACAGUUAGUGAGUGCAUACAUGUUUUCAUACUGGCCCCCCGUGCGAAUCGAACCCACAACCCUGGCGUUGCAAACGCCAUGUUCUACCGACUGAGCUACACGGGAAUUAUCUGUAUGUGUGUGGGAUACAGAGAUGAGGUAGUCAUUAAUAAAUCAUGUUAAACACUUAUUGCAGACAGAGUGAGUCCAUACAACGUAUUAUGUGACUUGUUAAUGAAAUGUAAUUAGGCUUGCCAUAACAAAGGGGUUGAAUACUUAUUGACUCAAGAUAUUUAAGCUUUUUAUAAAUUUUUUAAAAAAAUCUAAAAGCAUAAUUUCCACUUUGACAUUAUGGGGUAUUGCGUGCAGGCCAGUGUCAGAAAAUCUCAAUGUAAUCAAUUUCAAAUUCUGGCUGUAACACAACAAAAUGUGGAAAAAAAGUCAAGGGGUUUGAAUACUUUCUGAAGGCAGUGUAGAUACACAUACUGGUAACUACAUCAAACACCAUGAGAAGAGGUAUUAUAGAUACACAUACUGGUAACUACAGGAGACUCAAUACACAUUUCUCCCCAGAAUAUGAGUGGUUGAGUUAAAUGUAUCUCUAUGGACUGUCCCAGCCAUGGUGGUGGAGGUGGAAACAGAAGGUUGCAGCUUUCCCCAAAUUAGUAAUAACUACAUCAAACACCAUGAGAACAGGGACUAAAGUAAGACACAAGGUAAAGCUCUUCCUUGGUCAAUCCUUGAUGGAGUACAACAACAUAUCCCAUCUGCUCAGUUUGUAUAUCAAACACCAUGAGAAGUGAGAGAUCUGCAGUAAACUAACGUGAUUGUUGUCGUCAGGGCUACUUCGGAUCAGUUGGGGCUUUGCUGGAGCUCCUGGAUCCAUCCUGAUGGCUACCGUGGCCCUGAAGGUCAAACUAGCGCUGAAGACCCAAGGACCGCUCUUACCCAAGGGCCGCUCUUACCCAAGGACUGCUCUUACCCAAGGACCGCUCUUACCCAAGGACAGACUAGCACUUAGACUUAAGCUCUUAAACCAAAGACCGUCCGUCCAGUGGGACUACACCUUUAUACUUUAAGUUUAUCCUCACUCCAUUGGUGCAGUGGGCUUGUAUGUACAAGUAGCCAGAUAGGUAGCCUGUACAGUAGCCAGAUAGGUAGCCUGUACGGUAGCCAGAUAGGUAGCCUGUACAGUAGCCAGAUAGGUAGCCUGUACAGUAGCCAGAUAGGUAGCCUGUACAGUAGCCAGAUAGGUAGCCUGUACAGUAGGUAGCCUGGUCCGUCUGCAUAUGUUUGACAGGAAUGUGAAUCCCUCCAGGAACGCCACCACUGUUGCCUUUACUGCUGUAUGAUCACAUGUCUGUUUGGCAUGUUUAAUAAAGUUGCUUGAUUGCUCCUGUCACCAUCAGCAGCCGAUGUGUUAGCUCUGACGUUAACCUCCAGAGAAGCGUCAAUGGCCGGGGCCCAAUUUGCCGUUUUACUGGCACUAACUGCAGGGCUAAUUCCAGUCAAUACAGGAAGUACGCUGACAUUCCAAUUCUCUUCAAUGCUUUUCAAUGCAAUUUUGGUUUACUUUCUGAAUUGACUGGAAUUGACCCCAACCCUGAUUGUCUGUUACGUUAACUUUAUUUUUUUUAUUGUUUUACAUUUGUUCACUGUUACAUUUUGCUGCUCAACUGCAAAGUAAUUGUUACAUAUUGAUGGAGGAGGUUUCGAUUUGAUAUUCAAUAAUUCCAAGCGGGAUUAUGUGGGGUCUGUUUUGGACAUAGAAUAACAUUUAUGUUCACCUGAAUGAACUGUUACCAAAGAAGCUGACUCUUAUUAAACUUUACACCGCCUUGAGACGAUCUCUCCGUCUCGCCACAGUACUACUGUCGUUUCAACUGUUCUCUAUUGGACCUACUUUAACUACCUUUAUUCAGAUCACCAUGCCAACAGCUACUCUUCCUGGAGUCCGUACGCAUAACUAAAAAGACUUACUACUACUUUACAGUUUACAUUAAGACACAGUAGUAGACAUUACAGACAAAAUACUUUACAGUUUACAUUAAGACACGGUAGUAGACAUUACAGACAAAAUACUUUACAGUUUACAUUACAUUAAGACACGGUAGUAGACAUUACAGAACAAAAUACUUUACAGUUUACAUUACAUUAAGACACGGUAGUAGACAUUACAGACAAAAUACUUUACAGUUUACAUUACAUUAAGACACGGUAGUAGGCAUUACAGACAAAAUACUUUACAGUUUACAUUACAUUAAGACACGGUAGUAGACAUUACAGACAAAAUACUUUACAUUACAUUAAGACACGGUAGUAGGCAUUACAGACAAAAUACUUUACAGUUUACAUUACAUUAAGACACGGUAGUAGACAUUACAGAACAAAAUACUUUACAUUACAUUAAGACACGGUAGUAGACAUUACAGACAAAAUACUUUACAGUUUACAUUACAUUAAGACACGGUAGUAGACAUUACAGACAAAAUACUUUACAGUUUACAUUACAUUAAGACACGGUAGUAGGCAUUACAGACAAAAUACUUUACAGUUUACAUUACAUUAAGACACGGUAGUAGACAUUACAGACAAAAUACUUUACAUUACAUUAAGACACGGUAGUAGGCAUUACAGACAAAAUACUUUACAGUUUACAUUACAUUAAGACACGGUAGUAGACAUUACAGAACAAAAUACUUUACAGUUUACAUUACAUUAAGACACGGUAGUAGACAUUACAGACAAAAUACUUUACAGUUUACAUUACAUUAAGACACAGUAGUAGGCAUUACAGACAAAAUACUUUACAGUUUACAUUACAUUAAGACACGGUAGUAGACAUUACAGACAAAAUACUUUACAUUACAUUAAGACACGGUAGUAGGCAUUACAGACAAAAUACUUUACAGUUUACAUUACAUUAAGACACAGUAGUAGACAUUACAGACAAAAUACUUUACAUUACAUUAAGACACGGUAGUAGGCAUUACAGACAAAAUACUUUACAGUUUACAUUACAUUAAGACACGGUAGUAGACAUUACAGAACAAAAUACUUUACAUUACAUUAAGACACGGUAGUAGACAUUACAGACAAAAUACUUUACAGUUUACAUACAUUAAGACACGGUAGUAGACAUUACAGACAAAAUACUUACAGUUUACAUUACAUUAAGACACGGUAGUAGGCAUUACAGACAAAAUACUUUACAGUUUACAUUACAUUAAGACAACGGUAGUAGACAUUACAGACAAAAUACUUUACAUUACAUUAAGACACGGUAGUAGCAUUACAGACAAAAUACUUUACAGUUUACAUUACAUUAAGACACGUAGUAGACAUUACAGAACAAAAUACUUUACAUUACAUUAAGACACGGUAGUAGACAUUACAGACAAAAUACUUUACAGUUUACAUUACAUUAAGACACGGUAGUAGACAUUACAGACAAAAUACUUUACAGUUUACAUUACAUUAAGACACGGUAGUAGACAUUACAGACAAAAUACUUUACAGUUUACAUUACAUUAAGACACGGUAGUAGACAUUACAGACAAAAUACUUUACAGUUUACAUUACAUUAAGACACGGUAGUAGACAUUACAGACAAAAUACUUUACAGUUUACAUUACAUUAAGACACGGUAGUAGACAUUACAGACAAAAUACUUUACAGUUUACAUUACAUUAAGACACGGUAGUAGGCAACACUUACCAUUCAAUGAGUACUUUCAGGGAUCUGGAUCUGCUGUAUUUGUGCAGUAUAAGGGUUUUCUUUGCAAUCAUCUUGGCAAAUAUAUAUAUAUAUACACUCAGUGGCCAGUUUAUUAGGUACACCAUCUAGUACCGGGUCAGACCCCCCCUUUGCCUCCAGAACAUCCCGAAUUCUUCGGAGCAUGGAAACGUUUCUCAAUUGGUAUCAAGGGACCUAACACGUGCCAGGAAAACAUUCCCCACACCAUUACACCACCACCACCAGCCUGUAGCGUUGACACCAGGCAGGAUGGGACCAUGGACUGAUAGGACUGGAACCCGGUAUGAUUGUCUUGUUUGUGGCCCGCCUGUUAGAUUGCACGAUUCUUGCCAUUCUCCUUUGACCUCUCAUCAACGAGCUGUUUUCGCCCACAGGACUGCCGCUCAAUGGACGUUUUUUGAUCGCCGCACCAUUCUCGGUAAAUCCUAGACACUGUCGUGCGUGAAAAGCCCAGGAGGCCGGCCGUUUCUGAGAUACUGGAUCCGGCGCGCCUGGCACCGACGAUCGUACCACGCUCAAAGUCGCUUAGGUCACUCGUUUUGACCAUUCUAACGUUCAAUCGAACAGUAACUGAAUGCCUCAAAGCCUGUCUGCCUGCUUUAUAUAGCAAGCCACGGCCACGUGACUGUCAGAAGGAGCGAAGCAUUUUCGUGAACAGAGUAGUGCACCUAAUAAACUGGCCACGGAGUCUAUAAGGAAUAGGGACUAUGUAAUGACAUUUACAUUAUUUAUAUACAUUAUUUACUUCCCAAAGGCAAGUAACAUACACAAGUUGUGUUCAAUCUGCUCUUAUCAAAUCAGCUAUAUCAUAAUUUCUAAGUUAUAGUUUUUCUGUUGUGUUAUGGUGCAGCGUAAUUGUAGAAUUUAAAGAUACUAGUGCUUCAUUUUCAGCAAAAUAAAUCCUGUUAAGUGCCUGGUAUAUAGUGCCUGGUAUAUGUUGUAGCCUAUAAAUGUAAAAAGACAGACAUGCUUUUUAUAAUCAGACCUGUCUUUGACUCCAUACACCAAGUUUUCCCUCUGUUGGUGACGUACAAUGUGCAAAAAAAAGGGAGUACUUUUUUUUUUAUUAUUACAAAAUGUUUGUAAUAAAUCUAUUUUGUGUUGAAUAUAAAUUAUUUUAAUGUCAUUCUGAGGUGAUGCUUAUUUAUUUGAUAAUAGCACAUUCUGCAAUGGAAAUCUACAAGACGUGUUUUCGAUAGCAAGCUAUCCACAUAAAGUAAGAGGAAUAAAAAUGUUUAAUAAAAAAAAAAAAAAUGAAAGCUGUUUUUUACUUGGUCAUGGAGUCAGAUAUUUUUACCUUCUUGGAAAUGGAAAGACUUAUAUAGGCUCUAUGUUGAAUUAUUGUUUACAUUUUUAUUGACGUUAUAAAAGUGUUAAUUUGCGCUACGAAAGUAGACAAAUUCUAAUGCCGCAUUUCCAUGGAGACUUACAGUUGAAGUCGGAAGAUUACGUACACUUUGGUUGGAGUCAUUAAAACUAGUUUUUCAACCACUCCACAAAUUUCUUGUUAACAAACUAUAGUUUUGGCAAGUCGGUUAGGACAUCUACUUUGUGCAUGACACAAGUCAUUUUUCCAACAAUUGUUUGCAGACAGAUUAUUUCACUUAUAAUUCACUGUAUCACAAUUCCAGUGGGUCAGAAGUUUACAUACACUAAGUUGACUGUGCCUUUAAACAGCUUGGAAAAUUCCAGAAAAUUAUGUAAUGGCUUUAGAAGCUUCUGAUAGACUAAUUGACAUCAUUUGAGUCAAUUGGAGGUGUACCUGUGGAUUUAUUUCAAGGCCUACCUUCAAACUCGGUGCCUCUUUGCUUGACAUCAUGGGAAAAUCAAAAGAAAUCAGCCAAGACCUCAGAAAAAAAAUUGUAGACCUCCACAAGUCUGGUUCAUCCUUGGGAGCAAUUUCCAAACGCCUGAAGGUACCACGUUCAUCUGUACAAACAAUAGUACACAAGUAUAAACACCAUGGGACCACGAAGCCGUCGAAGACGUGUUCUGUUUCCUAGAGAUGAACGUACUUUGGUGCGAAAAGUGCAAAUCAAUCCCAGAACAACAGCAAAGGACCUUGUGAAGAUGCUGGAGGAAACAGGAACAAAAGUAUCUAUAUCCACAGUAAAACGAGUCCUAUAUUGACAUAACCUGAAAGGCCACUCAGCAAGGAAGAAGCCACUGCUCCAAAACCGCCAUAAAAAAAGCCAGACUAUGGUUUGCAACUGCACAUGGGGACAAGGAUCGUACUUUUUGGAGAAAUGUCCUCUGGUCUGAUGAAAAAUAACUGUGUGGCCAUAAUGAUCAUCGUAAUGUUUGGAGGAAAAAGGGGGUGCUUGCAAGCCGAAGAACACCAUCCCAACCGUGAAGCACAGGGGGUGGCAGCAUCAUGCUGUGGGGGUGCUUUGCUGUAGGAGGGACUGGUGCACUUCACAAAAUAGAUAGCAUCAUGAGGAAGGAAAAUUGUGUGGAUAUUUUGAAGCAACAUCUCAAGACAUUGGGUUUUCCAAAUGGACAAUGACCCCAAGCAUACUUCCAAAGUUGUGGCAAAAUGACUUCAGGACAACAAAGUCAAGUUAUUGAAGUGGCCAUCACAAAGCCCUGAUCUCAAUCCUAUAGAAAAUGUGUGGGCAGAACUGGAAAAGCAUGUGCGAGCAAGGAGGCCUACAAACCUGACUCAGUUACACCAGCUCUGUCAGGAGGAAUGGGCCAAAAUUCACCCAACUUAUUGUGGGAAGCUUGUGGAAGGCUACCCGAAACGUUUAACCAAGUUAAACAAUUUAAAGGCAAUGCUACCAAAUACUAAUUGAGUGUAUGUAAACUUCUGAUCCACCGGGAAUGUGAUGAAAGAAAUAAAAGCUGAAAUAAAUCAUUCUCUCUACUAUUAUUCUGACAUUUCACAUUCUUAAAAUAAAGUGGUGAUCCUAACUGACCUAAGACAGGGAAUUUUUACUAGGAUUAAAUGUCAGGAAUUGUGAAAAACUAAGUUUUUAAAUGUAUUCGGCUAAGGUGUAUGUAAACUUCCGACUUCAACUGUACCUUAUUGGGGAUUUAUUAUUCUCCUAAUUGAUGGGAUGACUAACUUAGAAAGAAUGCAUUCUUGACUGGGCUAAUGUAGGUUGUGUCACCUGGCAAGCUGUGAUUGAUGUGAAGAGCUGUUUUCGGGGGUAAAAUGAGAUAAGGAUUUGUGUCUCCAAAUGCUAGACUAUACUGGUUCUUUGUGAUCUGUGAACUAUCCUUGGACGUAGGAAUGGUGUCUAGGGGAGCUGGCUCUUCUCACUAUGACAGGUUGUUAUGAUAAACGUAUGCCUGGUAACAGAAGAGGCAGGGAACAGCCGGUGCGCCAACGGAUAGGCUGAGUAAGUCUAAACCACGCUCAAGUCUCUACUCUGAUUGGCCAGCAGAGAGGUGGGAAACUCUCUCUGUAAGAGUAUUUGAAGAACAAUCUGAAACAAUGGAUUUAGUUCUCUGAAGUGCCCUGCGGGGUAUUUCGAAGAGCCCGUAUAUACGAAACAUCAUAUUUACCAUUGAAGGUUUUUGCAUUAAUUAAAAUAACUAGUAUAUCUUAGAAGUCGUGUUGACCUCUUUUGUUCCUAAUGCCAGAUUUGAAUUGACGCAACUUUGACAACCUCCACAACAGUGUGUCGCCAGUGUUUUAUGUUAAUGUUAAAUCUAGUGCAGUUGUGUUUCCAUAGCUCGGGCUGACAGUGAGACUUGUGAAGAACAGAAUCAACAACCUCUGCAUAAUCAGAAUAGUUGUUUUGUGAGGUGUUAAAGUUGGACAUUGUUAUGUAAAUGCAGGUUGAAAAGUACCAGUGGCCCAAGGUAGGGCAGGUCCGCCGGAGCCACGGCUCAGUGAGACAGGGGUGCCGGCCUGCGUAGAUGAAAACAGAAAAGUCAGAGUCUUUUGGGUAAAACCAGAAAGGAAGAGGCGAAUCAAGAGGUUUUAUUCAACCCAAAAUAAGCCCACGAAGUGAGACAUUUUUGAAUCCUCCAACCUAUCAGAGCUCUUGCAGCAUGAACUGACAUGUUGUCCACCCAAUCAAAGGAGAGAAUGAAUCUAGUACAGAAGCAUAAGCUACAGCUAGCUAGCACUGCACUGCAUAAAAUAUGGUGAGUAGUUGACUCAAAGAGAGAGAGAAAAUAACUGAACAGUUUUUAACUAAUUAAUUUCUUCCCAAAUGAAGGAGAAGCAAGAGAGCGAUAGAGAAAUAGAUUCCGUGAUUUUUUUUAAACUUUCAGUCUCACUUACUUAGCUAGCAAAUGCAGCUAGCUAGUUUAGCCUACUCAAACACCCGGCUCAAACAGAGGGAUGCUACGUUAGCUAGCUGGCUAUGACUAUCCAACACAACACUGGAACUCUUCCAAGUCAAAUCAAAUCAAAUAAAAAAUAUUUUUCCACAUGUGCCGAAUACAACAGGUGAAGACAUUACCGUGAAAUGCUUACUUACAGCCCUUAACCAACAGUGCAUUUUUUUUUUAAUAAAAAGGUAAAAUAAAACAACAACAACAAAAAAGUGUUGAGAAAAAAAGAGCAGAAGUAAAAUAAAAUAACAGUAGGGAGGCUAUAUAUACAGGGGGGUACCGGUGCAGAGUCAAUGUGCUGGGGGCACCGGCUAGUUGAGGUAGUUGAGGUAGUAGAGGUAAUAUGUACAUGUGGGUAGAGUUAAAGUGACUAUGCAUAAAUAAUUAACAGAGUAGCAGCAGCGUAAAAAAGAUGGGGUGGGGGGUGGGGGGGCAGUGCAAAUAGUCCAUGUAGCCAUGAUUAGCUGUUCAGGAGUCUUAUGGCUUGGGGGUAGAAGCUGUUGAGAAGCCUUUUGGACCUAUACUUGGCGCUCUGGUACCGCUUGCCGUGCGGUAGCAGAGAGAACAGUCUAUGACUAGGGUGGCUGGAGUCUUUGACAAUUUGUAGGGCCUUCCUCUGACACCGCCUGGUAUAAAGGUCCUGGAUGGCAGGAAGCUUGGCCCCAGUGAUGUACUGGGCCGUACGCACUACCCUCUGUAGUGCCUUGUGGUCGGAGGCCGAGCAGUUGCCAUACCAGGCGGUGAUGCAACCAGUCAGGAUGCUCUCGAUGGUGCAGCUGUAGAACUUUUUGAGGAUCUGAGGACCCAUGCCAAAUCUUUUCAGUCUCCCGAGGGGGGAAUAGGCUUUGUCGUACCCUCUUCACAACUGUCUUGGUGUGUUUGGAUCAUGAUACUUUGUUGGUGAUGUGGACACCAAGGAACUUGAAGCUCUCAACCUGUUCCACUACAGCCCCGUCAAGGUAAGCUUUUGGUUUUACUAGUUUAUUGCCACCUGGGGCCCGCCAGUGUCAGUGCUAAACUGCUUACUGACUGUACACUGUAAUGUUACUGCAUGAUUGGAGCGGGUUUACUAACACAUUAGUUAUUUUAGCUAUGUUGAUUAUGACGUUACUUUAUCUGUGGUGACAAUUAUGUAGGCUGUGUGUAGCGGUCAUGAUAUAAAGGUUUUUUCACCUGGUCACAUACAGCUGAUGUGUUGUUCAUUGAAGUCCACAAGCGAAGGGAAAAGGUGAGAGGAGGAGAGCGCAUAGAUUCGAGAAGGAAUUACACAACGUGGCUGCUAUGAAAGUGAACCGCGUUAAAGCGUAAUCAGGGGUGUAUUCAUUCCGCCGAUUCUGUUGAAAAACGUUUCUUAAACGGAAGCAAACGGAACAAAACGGGGAUUAACAUACCUGAAUUUGUCCAAUAGAAACUCUCGUUUGCAACUGUUGGACUAAUGAUUACACCCUACAUCAGCUAGAUGCAGGCAAGAGUGUGCAACAUCAGUCCGUCAGGCCAUGUGUCACUGUCUGUCACCUCAACAUUUUCUCUCGACCUGUGUGCUCCUACGUUGUAAACUUUCAUUCAUAGGCUGGUUUGUAGCAAUCUCAUGAUGGGUAUAGGAAAAAUGUGAGUAUCAUGUAGUAGCCUAAACCUAUCGCUUUUACACUGAACUGGGUGAAUGGAAUAUGAAUGACAGUCAUCCAAUAUGCUGUACUAGAAAUAAGGACAUGCUCAUGAAAACUAAAAGGUGUCCUACCUCAUCUUAAACUGUAUCGACCGCCACUGGCCCAUACCAUAACCCCACCACCACCACCAUGGGGCACUCUGUCACACCUCAUCUUAAACUGUAUCGACCGCCACUGGCCCAUACCAUAACCCCACCACCACCACCAUGGAGCACUCUGUCAACGCCACUGGCCCAUAGCAUAACCCCACCACCACCACCAUGGGGCACUCUGUCAACGCCACUGGCCCAUACCAUAACCCCACCACCACCACCACCAUGGGGCACUCUGUCAACGCCACUGGCCCAUACCAUAACCCCACCACCACCACCAUGGGGCACUCUGUCCACGCCACUGGCCCAUACCAUAACCCCACCACCACCACCACCAUGGGGCACUCUGUCAACGCCACUGGCCCAUACCAUAACCCCACCACCACCACCACCAUGGGGCACGCUGUCAACGCCACUGGCCCAUACCAUAACCCCACCACCACCACCACCAUGGGGCACUCUGUCCACGCCACUGGCCCAUACCAUAACCCCACCACCACCACCACGGGGCACUCUGUCCACGCCACUGCCCCAUACCAUAACCCCACCACCACCAUGGGGCACUCUGUCACACCUCAUCUAAACUGUAUCGACCGCCACUGGCCCAUACCAUAA